AUCUGAAGACCGCCCACUUCAGAUAUUUUGCUAGAGACCCCCUUAAAGAUUUAAAAGAGAGACGGAGUCGGACAGUUUGACAGUCACUGAAGGUUGGCAUCGCGUGCGCACUCAACUUCUCCGCUGCGCGUCUACUCACGCUAGUCCGCUUUUCGUCCCCAUGUUUAGGAUGCUACAAACACCGCAGCUCCGCCAAGGCGUGAUUGCGCUUUUCAUGUGGUUUACUCACUUCAUGGAGGACCACAAAGUCCAAGGAUUGGAUUCAGAUGCCGGUAACUGCUGGUUGCAGCAGGGAAAGAAUGGCAGGUGCCAGGUGCUCUAUAUGUCCGGGAUGAGCCGGGAGGAUUGUUGCCGGAGUGGCCAUCUGGGCACGGCAUGGACUGAGGAAGAUGUCCCCAACAGCACGCUGUUCCGGUGGAUGAUCUUCAAUGGAGGCGCACCUAAUUGCAUACCUUGUAAAGAAACAUGUGACAGCGUCGAAUGUGGUCCUGGGAAGAGAUGCAAGAUGAACAAGAGGAACAAGCCACGAUGCGUGUGUGCUCCUGACUGCUCCAAUAUCACAGGGCGGGGGUCUGUCUGUGGGUCUGAUGGGAAGUCCUACCGGGACGAGUGUACUAUGCUCAGGGCCCGAUGCAGGAACCACCCCGAUCUCGAGGUCCAGUACCAUGGACGGUGUCGCAAGACGUGUCAUGGAGUUCGCUGCCCUGGUAGCGCGUCCUGUGUCGUGGACCAGGCGAACAACGCCUACUGUGUGACCUGUAACCAGCAGUGUCCCGAGGUCACAUCGCCCGACCACAGCUUGUGCGGGAACGACGGUGUUGUUUAUGCCAGUGCCUGCCACCUCAGACGAGCCACGUGCAUCCUGGGACGUUCCAUUGGUGUGGCCUACGAAGGCAAAUGCGUCGACGCCAGGUCGUGUGAGGACAUUGUGUGUCGGGGAGCAAAAAGGUGUCUGUGGGAUAAAGAGACUGGCCGUGGUCGCUGCGCCUUUUGUGAAGAGGCGUGUCCGGAGAGCCGCCCAGGCGAGAGCGUGUGUGCCAGUGACAACAACACCUACCCCAGCGAGUGUUCCAUGAGGCAGGCCGCCUGCGCUCAGCAGCGCCUCCUGGAGGUGAAACACUCAGGGUCAUGCAACUGUUUAAACCAAGUUUAAACAACUGAGUCAACGGACACCCCCAUACCACUGCCCAGCCAAGCCCCCCCCCCCCCCAAGCAUUUCAGAUAUGCCAGGACCCAGCUUUCCUCAUAACCAGAAUCAUCCCGGUUAAUGUCCCGCCUGGUCCGUUGGAGGAGAACCCUCUCCGUCACUGAAUCAAGUCAAAGAAGCUACGGACGGGAUUCAAUCAGGUCAAGCGUUCACCGGCAAUCGUCGACACGCGCAUAGCUGAUGUUUUGGCAGUGUCCGAGGUGUAACUGCAUUAGAGCUUUCAAAUCGGUGAGCAGUGUCUCAUGUGGCUGUCACAACGCCACGCCUGUCCCACUCGCAUUUCAUGUUCAGAAUGAUAAAGUGUGGGCCUGCGUAGCCUAUAGAAAUAAUGACACUUGAAUUGAAAAUAAAAGGUCUUAUAUCGGCCUAAUCCAACUGUAGUGUCUGCAUGGGAUCGGGGCUGAUGUGACUCCCAGUGCGUCCAAUCCUAGCUGGCUGUACCGGGCUGGGCUGCUUGUAGAUUUGACAGUUGCAGUGCAUUUCAAACACAACAGCUAUGCAGAUGACGGCUAAAGUAGAUCCGAUUGAGAUGGUUCCUAAAUGUGUCAUUGAGCUCUUUGCUGUUGUUAUGAUCAUCGCCCCAUGUCUUCUUCUACUAUAUCCGUCAUCAGACAGGAAAGCUUGAGGAAGAGGAGGAGGAAGAAGAAAAGGUGGUAAAAGAAGAAGACCUGGAUUUUCUCAAUCAAUACGUCCAUCACCACAGGCCAGAUAAGAAACACUCAGUGUAGCUGGACAGUGUUUCAGUUCAGCUCUAGAAUAGGCCUAGUGUUCAUACUGUACAUAAAGCGUAGGAUUAUUUAUUGUCCAGAAAGAGUACCGGUACCAAGCAAUCGUAUAUUUCAAAUCUUCUGGUUGUUGUUUACUUGUAUGUAUUUAUAUAUUUUGUUUAUAAUUAUUUAUACAUUUACUGUGUCGGUCUGUUUUACUUUGCGUGCCCCUUGUCUCUUGCUUUUAUCCAAAGAGAAUGUGUGUUAUUUAUUUGAGGUGCAACUCUGUCCUCAUUGGUGUUCUUCUCCUGUAAACUCCUGUAAUGCAUUCUCAGUUUGAGCUGUACACAUCUGCUUGUUGUGGGCAAGGACUUGGAUUUUUCCCAUUUUUCAGUGUUGCUGCAUUGUGAAAUGUUGGCUAUCUUUGUUGUUGUGUGUCUGUUUUCCAGUUUUCCAUAUUUGUUUGUUUUUUUGAUUUUCCUGCUCACUGAUGGAUCUAUACGCAAUUGUGCGAAAUCUCCUGGUUUUGUUUACAACUUUAAGCUGACCCAAAAUGGCUUUGUCCGGUUUAUGUUGAACAAACUUUCUGGUCCCACCAUAGUGCAUACCAAUCUGUAUGGAGUCAAUAUUGUCUUUUUCCUUUAGAAAUGUACAAGCGUUUCUGCAUAAUAGGGAAUCAUAUAUAAUAAUGGCCUCCAAACAAUGUAUCACGUUUUAUACAACAUCUAAUAAUUUUGUGUAUAUUUGAGUGGACAGUAUAUUUUUUUCAUAUUUUAUAAUGUGCCAUUGAUACACUUUUAUUUGCCAACGUUUUUCAGUGCGGUCAAUUGUGGAACUGAUAUCACACACUCUGAGCCAAGUAAAUGCAAUUUAAUACAGUGUUCAUCACAUACAAUAUAUGAAAUGUAAGCAUGUUGUUUCACACUUUAGGGGACAUUUCAAUGGCUUUACUGCUGCUGUAAAUUUACUACUUGUUUUUUCCUAAACAAAAAAAUCUUUUCAGAAGGUAGCAGCUUCUAAAUUUACACUGGCGGUAAAUCUCGAUGAAUAUAAACCCUGUGAGUCUAUUUUGUUGUAUUAUGUUGAAUAGAGAUUCAGUCAUAAAUUUAUAGUUUUGUAUUUUUUAUGUGAAUGUUAAAUGUACAUAAUAGUUAUAAUGAUGAUAUUUGAACAGGGCAGGAGAGCAAAGAUUAAAAUACUUUUUUCCCCCUUUAA